UUGAAAAAGUAUCUUCUUUAGUUCCAUUACAGCUUCAAUCCUUUGUUUCAUGCGAAGUUCCCGUUAAAAUGGCACCGCAUGGAGAUGCUAUUACUACUAGCACUUCCACCAAGAGAAACAACUUCCCAUUGCCACCGAAGCUCUCCAAGGACAGCCUAAACAGGACCGUAUCCAAUAUCACUUUCCUAGUGAGCAAGGAAGUGCUCGAUAACUACAAAGAAACAGCCACAACGAGUGAGAAGCAGCUGCCGCCUAUAUCCGAAGUGGAAGAUGCAAAGUGCGAGUGUUGCGGGAUGAGCGAAGAGUACACCCCGGAAUACAUCGAGCGAAUCCACAACAAGUUCUUGGGAAAAUGGAUAUGCGGACUGUGUGCGGAGGCGGUGAAAGAAGAGAUGGAGAAAAAUGGAGGGAAGAUAGAGCAAGGCUUGAGUGCUUAUAUGAACACAUGUGCUAGGUUUAACAAGAUCGGGAGGGCUUAUCCAGCUCUGUUGACAGCUGAAGCCAUGAGGGAGAUUCUAAGGAAGAGUUCAAGAGAUGCGAAAAGUCUUAGGGCAAAAUCUAUUAGCCCUAGGGACAGAUCAGGUGCUCAGAAGAAUGGUGGGGUUGCCAGAAGCACCAGUUGCAUUCCAGCAAUUACAAGGGACAUCAACAAUCUAAAUGUUCCGAACUGAUGAGAUGGGAAAUUACUAGCCCAAGCCCAUCAUAAUGUCAGAAUAUUUUUAGUAACCUAUUCUUUUCCUCCCUUUCUGUGCGCCAAACCUUUUAUUAUCUUGGUAGUUUUUUUUUGGGUUUGGUCCAAUUAUUUUUAUUAAUUUGCUAAUAUAGGUCAUUGACCUACAUGUAACCAAAAGCUUAAACCACCUUCUGGCUAAGCGGGUAUAUAGUUGGGUUUUUCUAGGGAUGCUUCUUUUGCAUCCCACGUAGAUUCUGCUUGUGUUGCAUAGUAACUUCUUUCGAGUAAAAACAGCUAGGUUCUGAUGUUAAACAGUAUUUGUGAAAGGGUCAGCAUCCU